ACAUUUUUUAAUAAAAUCCAAAACAACAAAAUAGAGGCUUGCAUUAAAAUCUUUAUAAAUAAAAAAUACAAGUAAAUAAUUGAUAAAACCAUCAAUUAUAACAAUCUAUAGUGUUAUUUAUUUAUUAUUGUCGUUUAAAAGUUAAACAUUAAUAAUGGCAGAUGAUGAUUUUGAAGGAGAUGAUGUUGUUGAUGACUUUGAUGAUGCAGAUGAUGAUGAUAAUAUUGAAUUAGAAGCACAAGAAGAAGAAGGUGAAACUUUUGAGCUUUUAGCACCUGGUGAAGUCUCAGGGGGUGUACAAAAAUCAAAGAGAAUUACUACCAAGUACAUGACAAAAUAUGAACGUGCAAGAGUUCUUGGUACUAGAGCUCUUCAAAUAGCCAUGUGUGCUCCAGUUAUGGUUGAGCUUGAGGGAGAAACAGAUCCAUUACAAAUUGCUCAAAAAGAGCUUAAACAACGUAAAAUACCAAUUGUCAUUCGACGAUAUCUUCCAGACAACAGCUACGAAGAUUGGGGCAUUGAUGAGCUAAUUAUAAUUGAUCAUUAAUUCAUUUUAUCUCUCCAAUUAUAAUACAAUGAUUUGAUCUAUUCCAAGCUUAUAUUUUUAACUCUGUAUUCUUAAGAAAUAAAUAUUAAUUGAAAAUAAUUAUAUUAAAAU